AUGUGGAGUUCAAAUCGAUAUAAAUCAUGUAUACAUCUACUACUGCGAUGUUACUCAAAAGUUAAUAAUAUUCAACUACCUAAAACUAGAAAUAUUGGUAUAAUUGCUCAUAUAGAUGCAGGUAAAACUACAACUACAGAAAGAAUGAUUUAUUAUAGUGGUAAAACUAAUAGAAUGGGGAAUGUCGACGAAGGAGAUACAGUUACUGAUUAUCUACCGAGUGAAAGAGAAAGAGGUAUAACGAUUCAACUUGCAGCUAUAACAUUACCAUGGAAUCAACAUAAAAUUAAUAUAAUUGACACCCCGGGUCAUGCAGAUUUUACAUUUGAAGUUAUAAGAUCAUUAAGAGUUUUAGAUGGAGUUGUUACUAUAUUAGAUGGAGUUGCGGGUGUUGAAGCACAAACUGAGAAAGUUUGGAAACAAGCUAAAAAUUUGAAUUUACCAAAAAUUGCAUAUAUCAAUAAAAUGGAUAGACUAGGUGCUGGUUUCAGUAGAACUGUUGAAGAAAUUAUACAAAAGUUGGAAACAAGAGUUGUGCUAUGUAAUUUACCAUAUUUUGAAGUUUCUAAGGAAAAUGAUUUGGAAUUUAAAGGUGUGAUUGAUGUUAUACAUAAAAAAUUGCUUAAAUGGAAAACUGAAGAUAAAUUUGGUAAAGAAAUUGAUGUUUUUGAAAUUGAUGAAAAUCAUGAAUCAUUUGAACCCUUAUGUAAAUCUAGAGAAUCAAUGGUUGAAACAUUGGGAGAAUAUGAUGAAUCAAUUAUAGAUUCGUUCCUUGAAAAUGAUGAAGAUUAUUUGAAGAUACCUAGUCAAUUAUUAGAUAAAGUUAUUAGAAAAGCAACAAUUGAUAAUUAUGUAACUCCUGUAUUUUGUGGUUCUUCAUUUAGAAAUAUUGGUGUUCAACCUUUAAUGGAUGCAAUAACGAAAUAUUUACCAUCACCUUUGGAAACUGAUAUACCAGAGAUUAAAAAUAAAAAGAGUAAACAAGUAGUCUCCAAAUUUGAUCAACAAAAAGGUUUAAUAGUUGAUAAUAAUUCAAAUUUAACAUUAAGUUUAGCGUUUAAAGUUAUGACACAUGCAACUCGUGGACCAAUGACAUUUGUUCGAGUUUAUAGUGGCAAAUUAAAUUCAAAUUCAAAUUUGAUAAACCUUAGAACUGGUAAAAAAAUAUUGAUUAAGAAAUUAUUAAUCAUGCAUGGUGAUAAUCCUGAAGAAGUUAAAAGUAUAAGUGCUGGUAAUAUAGGAGUUAUACCAGGUUAUGAAUUUGAUUUUCAAACUGGUGAUACUUUAAUUUCAAGUGCUGUUGGUAAACAGCCAGUAAAUGGAGAUUAUCAAUUAUUGCCAAUUGAAGUACCACCACCAUUAUUUAACUCAAGUUUACAACCUCAUACAGCGGGAGAUGAAGCUCAUAUGAAAAAAUGUGUUGAUCAAUUAGUAAGAGAAGAUCCUUCAUUAAAAGUAUUUGUUGAUGAAGAAAUGGGUCAAACUAUAUUAAGUGGCAUGGGUGAAUUACAUUUAGAAAUUGUUAGAGAUAGAUUAGUAAGAGACAUGAAAGCAAAAUGUACAUUAAAAGAUGUUGUUGUAUCUUAUAAAGAAACAUUUACAAGUAAAAAAGGGAUUGAAGAAGGUAAAUUUGCAAAUGAAGGUGUUGAAGUUUCUGUUACUAUGGAACCAAUAGAAAAUGCAAAGGACUUUACUGGUGAAAAUGCCACAAUAAUUGAAGAAGAUAAUAAUGUUAUCAUAAUUGAUGAACCAUCAUCUGAAAUUAAAGAAGCAAUUGAACAAAGAAGAUGGAAAUGUCCAAAUUCAAUAGAAGAAAUUAAAGAAGCAAUUAUAAAUGGAUGUUUAGCAUCUUUACAAAUGGGAGGACCAGUUUUAGGAUUUGCAUUACAUUCAGUUUUAAUUAGAGUUAACUAUUGGAAUUUACCAAUUGAAGAAAAUAAAGAUCAAAUUUCAAAUUUCUUAAAUGCAAGUAGACAAGCGGUUCAAUUUAUAAAACAAGAUGAAUCAGAUUUUGGUAUAUUAGAACCAAUUAUGAAAACUAAAGUUUAUGUUGAUUCGAAUGAUUUAGGUGAAGUUUCUCACGAUUUAACUCAAAGAUGUUCUGCUUUAAUUUUAGGAGUAGAAGAUGAAUCAAUGAAUAAUAUAGAAACAUUCAAUUGGGCAAAUGAAGAGAGUGAAAAGAUUUACUUACCACCAGACUACACAUUAAAGAAUACACAAUCUUCAAAUUUCAAUAUAAUAAAUAGAAAAUUAAUAAUAGCAGAGACACCAUUAAAAGAGAUGAUCGGCUAUUUAAGUAAACUAAGAUCAUUAACACAAGGUAGAAGUACAUUUGAUAUGACUUUUAUUGGUAUGAGAAGAGUAGUUGGUAAUAGAUUAGACACCAUAAUUAAAAAUAUGUAA